ACUCCUACAGAAAAGAUGAAGGUCCAGCUAGUGGCUGCUUUCCUGGCGGUCUGCCUGCUUUCCCUGCAGGGCAUCAGAGCUGCUCCAAACUCUGGCAGUUUUGAUGGCAAUGAUGUAGGAUCCAACAGCUUCAAUGACAACGGGAAUUCCUAUGCUGCUGGAAAUGGUGGCAGCUUCGAUGACAACACUGUUGGGGACAACAGCUUCAACAACAAUGGCAAUAAUGACGGCAGCCCUGUAGUUUGGUACUAGACAACCAGAAACCCACCACCACCACAGCUGCCCAACUGCCCUCCACCAUCCAAGAAUGUUACUUGUCAUUCCCUCUUGAAUGAUCCUCCGACAUGAGCUUUCUCUGUUGCUCUUUCCUCAUGUAUCCCUUUGCAAAUAAAGA